GUCGAGUUGGGGGCAUGCUGGGAGCGGGCGGAGAGGGCAUCUAUAAAAGAUAGCCAAGCCGCCCCACCACGUUCUGUUUCUUCCCAACGCCUUAUCAUGUCUCUGGAGAAGCAGACCUCAGACUCGACACAAGUACACCACCAGAAGGAGGAGUUGCCGAAGAGCGUCGGCUCGGACGCGACAGCCGUUGUCACCGCCGUCGGCGCCGGCAAGGUCCUCACCUUUUCCCCACACACCGCGCUCCCCGGCAAGGUCCUCGAGGCGCUCAAUGUCGACCAGAAGAUUGGCUUGAGCGACGAGGAGGCCGUUCAGCGGCUGGCGCUGUACGGCCCCAACCGUAUCAAGCCACCUCCGAAGCCGUCUCUCAUCAAGAUUUGCGCUCGCCAGGUCGCCAACGCCAUGACCCUUAUUCUAAUCGCCUGUAUGGCCGUUUCGUUCGGCACGCUCGACUGGAUCUCGGGCGGUGUCAUUGCUGCGCUCGUCAUCCUCAACAUCACUGUCGGCACCCUCACCGAGUGGGAGGCCGAGAAGACUGUCGCCUCGCUUGAGUCGGUCGGUGCGCCGAUCGCCACCGUCGUCCGCCACUCCGCCACCCAGACCGUUACCAAGCAGAUUGCCGUCGACGAGGUCGUCCCCGGCGACAUUAUCCAGAUCAAGAAUGGUGACAUUGUCCCCGCUGAUGGCCGCGUCCUCGAGGGUGUCAGCAACCUCGAGUGCGACGAAGCAUUCCUCACCGGCGAGUCCCUCCCCGUCGCCAAGCAGUGGGAGCCCGUCGACGAGGAGAACUGCCCCGUCGGCGACCGAGUCUCCAUGGUCUUCUCCGGCGCCCAGGUCACCAAGGGCCGCGCCUUCGCCGUCAUCACCUCCACCGGUAUGGAGACCGAGAUCGGCACCAUCGCCAAGGCCCUCCAGACCAAGGCUGCCCGCACCGAGACUGGAUUCGCCGCCUUCCUCCGCAAGACCAAGGUCGCCCUCGGUCUCGCCGACACGACCCCGCUCCAGAUCAAGCUCAACUCGCUCGCCUACAUCCUGCUCAUUGCUUCGCUGUUCAUCGCCCUCAUCGUCGUCGCUUCGACCGGCUUCAAGAACGUCCCCAUGACCAUGGCUACCUACGCCGUCGCUGCCGCCGUCUCGAUCCUCCCCGCCUCCCUCAUCGCCGUCGUCUCGCUCACGCUCGCCCGUGCCUCCACCGACCUUGCCAAGCGCCACGCUCUUGUUCGCCGCAUGGACGCCAUCGAGGCUCUUGCUGGUGUCGCCAACGUCUGCUCGGACAAGACUGGUACCCUCACCGUCGGUCGCAUGGUUGUCCGCAAGGCUUGGGUCCCUGUCCUCGACGCCCGCGAGUCGGCCACCGCCCCCACUGAGACUUCCCGUGGACAGACGUACAGCUUCGAGACUGGAUCGGACCCCUUCUACCCCCGUGGUGAGAUCAUUCCCGACACGGCGCCCCUUAUCCCGAGCGGCACUUUUGCCAUCAACACCUCCAGCGGCCCCGACUCUUCCGACGACGACCUUGCCCCCAUCGAGCCUUCGACCAUGGAGGAGUCGCUCCGCGACCUCGCCAUCUGCGCCGGUCUCUGCAACCAGGCUACCCUCACCCGCCCCGUCGGGGACGAGGGUUGGGAGGCCAACGGUGACCCCACCGAGGUCGCUCUUCAGGUCGCUGCCCACAAGCUCGGCUUUGGCAAGCCCUUCCUCACUGGAACUGCUGCUCACAAGGCCCCCAAGGACAAGAAGUCGGACCCCAUGGGCCGCCGCGCUUCGCUCGUCCGUGCCGAGCCCAUCAACGGUCACUACGAGCAGAUUGUCGAGCACCCCUUCGACUCGACCAUCAAGCGCAUGUCCAUCGCCUACCGCUUCGUUCCUCACACUGGUAUGCCCCCCAAGAUUCUCUGCCUCCUCAAGGGUGCCGUCGAGCGUGUCAUCGACUGCUGCUCGACCGUCCGUGACCAGCCCAUGACCGAGGGUGCCAAGGCCGACAUUAUGAAGAAGGUUGACGCCCUCGCCUCGCACGGUCUCCGUGUGCUUGCCCUCUGCGGCAAGUAUGCCCCCAUGGACGCCGAGGAGGCCAUCAAGACGACCCCCCGUGACGAGUUUGAGAAGAACUUUGCCUUCCUCGGUCUCGUCGGUAUCUUUGACCCUCCCCGCAAGGAGUCUCCUGGUGCCGUCGCCGACUGCCACCGCGCCGGCAUCACGCCUCGCAUGCUUACUGGUGACCACCCCUCGACUGCCACUGCUAUUGCCCUUCAGAUCGGUAUCCUCGAAAAGUCGUACUCCAAGUCGGCCGUCAUGACCGGCCAGCAGUUUGACUCACUCUCCGACGAGCAGGUUGACGCGCUCGACGACCUCCCGCUCGUCGUUGCUCGUUGUGCCCCCGAGACCAAGGUCCGCAUGGUCGAUGCCAUCCACCGCCGCAAGCAGACUACUGUCAUGACUGGUGACGGUGUCAACGACUCGCCCGCCCUCAAGCGUGCCGACGUCGGUGUCGCCAUGGGUACCGGUUCCGACGUUGCCAAGCAGGCCGCCCGUAUUGUUCUUACCGACGACAACUUUGCCUCUGCCAUCCGUGCCAUUCGCAAGGGUCGCUCCGUCUUCAAGAACCUGUCCAAGUUCCUGCUCUACCUCCUCUCGGGUAACGUGGCUGAAAUCAUUGUCCUCAUGAUUGGUCUCGCCUUCAAGGACGAGAACGGCCAGUCCGUCUUCCCCAUGUCGCCCGUCGCCGCUCUCUGGAUCAACACGCUCGCUGCCGGACCCCCCGCCAUGGCUCUUGGUCUCGAGCCCACUGCUGCCGACGCCAUGGACCAGCCCCCGACCAACUUCCAGCGCAUCUUCACCCUCGAGUUCUACAUCGACCUCCUGUUCUACGGUGUUGUCAUCGGCUCGGUCUCGCUCAUCAACUUUGUCAUUGUCCUCUGGGGCUACUUCCCUGGUGACCUCGGCAAGGAGUGCAACGAGCGCCACACGUCGGCUUGCGACCCCGUCUUCCUGGCCCGUUCGACCUGCUUCGCCACUCUGGUUAUCAUCCUCAUGAUCCACUCGCUCGAGUGCAAGCACACCUACAACUCGAUCUUCCGCACCAACCUCCGCGACAACAAGGUCCUCCUCUGGUGUGUCGUCGUCCUCACCCUCUCGACCUUCCCCGUCGUCUACAUCCCUACGAUCAACGACAAGGUCUUCCUCAUGGGCUCGCUCACCUGGGAGUGGGGAAUUGUCUUUGGCAUGAUCAUUGUCUACCUCAUCCUCACCGAGGCUUACAAGUGGGCCAAGCGCGUCUGGGCUCGUCGUCGCGGCAUGGUCACCAAGCCCAAGACCGACCCGUACGACAAGACGCUCGGCAUGGAGAAGACGAUCGACUACCGCGACCAGGUCUAA